AUGUGCUCAGUUGAAUGGUGUUAUCAUUUGCCAACCUGCAAUUACACCACCUGGCCAAGAAUUGUUCCUGCAUUUUGCAGUGGCACCCGACAGUCUCCCAUCAACAUCAAGACCUCAGAGGCCACAGAAAACCCCCGCCUGAAACCUUUUACUUUUUAUGGCUUCAAUCGAAAAGAUGUCCUGACAAAAUUGGAAAACACUGGAAGGACGAUCAAAGUCACCAUUGCCAGCGGCGUCGGGGUGUCUGGAGGGGGUCUGGGUGAGCGUUACGACAGCCUGCAGUUCCACUUGCACUGGGGUAAUGGCACCAGAGUCCCCGGCUCCGAGCACACUCUGAAUGGAAAGCAGUUUCCCAUGGAGUUGCACAUUGUGAACAUCAAGUCAUCCCUGAAUGGGGACACAGAUGCAGCUGUCAGAGACCCAGCAGGACUGGCGGCGCUUGGUUUUUUCAUUGAGGCACUCCCCAAACCUGCAAGUGAAAUGCCAACAAGCUGGAAAUUACUGACCUGCUACUUGUCCCGUGUCAGAUGGGAAGGUCAGUCGGUUGACAUAAAACAGCCGAUUUCUCUGAAUUCUCUCCUCGGUGGAGUGUCUCUUACCGACUACUUCCGCUACAACGGCUCCCUGACCACCCCUGACUGUAAUGAAGCCGUGGUGUGGACCGUGUUCAAAGACCCAAUCAAAAUCAGUGCGGACUUGAUUAACCUCUUCAGCACAACGGUGCACAUCGGCUCCUGCCCCUCGCCCUUAAUGGUCAAUGUGUUCAGGGGAGUCCAGCGACUGCUGCCAGUCCAGAGGUCACCCGGAGGCAGCCAUCCAAUGUGUCAUGGAUACAAGUGA